CGAAUUAAACCGAUGCGGAACCUUUCUUGAGCGCCUCUACUUUCACACGGACUCUUUAAAUGUUGCUCGUAAAUAUCAGAAAAGAUGGCGACGCUCUUUGAGAAGCCACAUGUCGCGGUUGAAGAAGAAAAUGAAGAUUCUGAUGAUGGUGUCAGUGAACACGAGGAGACCGCAGGGAGUGAUGGAGAGGAUGGAGAUAAGGAAGAAGAGCAGAAUGGAGACGCAGAGGAAAACGACAAUCCCAACGCUGGAUGGGCUGAAGCCAUGGCCAAAAUCUUGGGGAAGAAGACACCGGAAAGCAAACCCAGCAUCCUCCUGAAAAACAAAGAACUGGACAAGAUCAAAGACAAGAAGAAGAAAGAGUGGCUUGAAAAAAAGAAACAGAUUGAUAAGAAGCAAGCGUGGGAGAAUAUGUGCCGGGAGAAGCCUGAUGUUGUUCGAGACCGAGACCAUGAGAGGAAUCUACAGAGAAUUGCAACAAGGGGUGUAGUGCAGUUGUUCAACGCAGUGAAGAAACAUCAGAAGAACGUGGAUCAAAUGAUGAAGGAUGUCGGCGGUUCAGAGAGAAAGAAAGCCAAAAUUCUGUCCUCUGUGUCUAAGAAAGACUUCAUUGAUGUUCUUCGAGGGGCAGACUCACCUGCCAUAAAGAAAGGGAAAAAAGAGACAGCAGAGGUGAAGGUGGAGAGUCCAGCCUGGAGUGUGCUGAGAGAUGACUUCAUGAUGGGUGCGUCCAUGAAGGACUGGGAUAAAGAGAGUGGUGAAGAGGCAGGAGGAGGAAACCAAGAGCCUGAUGAGGACUGCAACAGUGAAUCAGACUGAUUGCAUAUGUGCGUCAUCCAGCGCAUACACACAGUCUGCACCAAGAGCUAAGUCUCUACAUGGCCCAGAGUUCCCUGUGGCUGGGUCACAUUUGGCUGACUGUGGAAUUAAGAGAGAUGCUGGUUUGUGGUGUUGCUCUGAUCUGGACAUUGUGAACUGGAUCUGUUCAUAUGUCAUGCAAACAGGGUCUUUAUUGAUGAAUCCUGUAACGUUUUGCCAAAACUGUCUUCUAUUUCUGUAUAUAGUCAUUAAUACUGUGUGUUUUGCAAUUUGCGUAAUAAAAUUUUUACGUGUGGUAUGGAGAAUUUCGAGAUGUUCACUUCAUAACAUUAUGAGAACUGGCCAGAUAUUUCAUAAUUACGGUAAGAGAAUGACUGUGAAUAAAUUUACCCUUUAUGAAAUGUUUGUUGCCAUGUUCUUUUUGCCUUGUAUUGGUCAUUUGGAUAAGAUACAUUUUAGUUGAUUCUCAACUGAUUUAGCUUCAGAAGUCAAUAGUUACCCAACACCGUACCAAAUUUUUUAUUGUACUAAAGUAAAUAAAUGACUUCAAAAUAAUUUUCUUUCAA